CAACCUCUAUUAUUUUGUAUUCCACCACUGCUUCUCUCUCUCACAAGCUUCUCAGUUGUUUCCCCACCUACAGAUCACCCAUUUCAUCAAACACCUAAGAGGCAUAAAAGAAUGCCACCACCUACCUCUGGUUCUCAAAACUCGCAGAACCAGAUCUCCUCCCCAUGGCCUCCAUUCUCUCCACUCUCCUCUUCAUCCUCUCCUUCACUCUCCUCACUUCCGCGGCGAACUCCGGAGGCAGUAACGGCGGUGGAGAACCUCCUUUCGUAGGCGUUGUGAUCGGCGAAGACGUUUCCGGCCUUCUUCCUCCCACCGACCUCGCCCGAUUCCUUGUCUCCCAGAGCAUCACGCACGUACGCCUUUCCAACCCUUCACGUUCUCUUCUCGCCGCCCUCAACUCCACCGGUGUACGCAUCCUCAUCACCGUCCCAAACUCCCUUCUCCUCGCCUUCGCCUCAUCCCCUUCCUCGGCCUCUUCAUGGGCCUCUCGCAUCAUCCUCCCCUUCAUCACCUCCAUCUCCGCCAUCGCCGUGGGCGACGACUUCUCUGCUUCCGUUUCCACCUCUCUUCUCCUCCCCGCUCUUCGAUCCUUAUCUUCCGCCAUCUCCGGUCUCCAUUCCCACAUCCCAAUCUCCACUCCCCUACCUUUCUCCAUCAUCCUCAACCCAUUCCCCCCUUCCCAAGCCUUCUUCAACCAAACCCUAACCCCUAAUUUCCUUCUUCCUCUCCUCACCUUCCUAUCCUCCACCAACUCCCCUUUCAUGCUCAACCUCUACCCUUACUACACCUUCAUGCGCUCCCGCGGCAUAAUUCCUCUUGACUCCGCCCUCUUCAAACCCCUCCCACCUUCCAAAGAAGAAAUAGACCCCAACACCCUCCUCCACUACACCAACCUCUUUGACGCCAUGCUCGACGCGGCUCAAUUCGCCCUUCGCAGCCUCAAUUUCUCUCACAUUCCCAUUGUUGUGACUGAAACUGGCUGGCCCUCCGCCGGCGAUCAAAAAAUCGAGCCCUUCGCGAACAAAGACAAUGCUGACACCUACAACUCCAAUUUGAUCAAGCAUGUGUUGGUCGACCGCGCCGGAACCCCUCUGGUGCCGGAACAGACCGCGUCAGUCUACAUUUACGAGCUGUUCAACGAGGACCAGCGGCCUGGGCCAGAGUCGGAGAAGCACUGGGGGCUUUUUUAUGGCAAUGGGACGCCUGUGUAUCUUCUGAAUGUGGAAGGGAGUGGGGGGUUUUUGGCUAAUGAUUCUACGAACAGGACAUUCUGUGUUGCCGCCGACGGCGCAGAUAUGAAGGCAUUGCAGGCGGCUUUGGAUUGGGCAUGCGGGCCAGGGAGGGCUAAUUGCUCGGAGAUACAGCCGGGUGAGAGUUGUUAUGAUCCGAAUAAUGUGAGGCGACAUGCUUCCUAUGCUUUUGAUAGUUAUUAUCAGAAGGAAGAGAAGGUUGUAGGCUCUUGCUACUUCCAGGGGGCUGCCAUGGUGACUACGACGGAUCCAAGUCAUGAUGACUGCAUCUUUCCUGGAAGUAAACAGAUUAGUAACAUCACCAAGACUGGAAGAAACACAACAGAGAGCAGCAGUGCAGAGGAAAUCUGCUGUUGGAGACUGAGAAGAGGAAUGAGGGAAGGCCACCACUUCAAAUUCUCAGUUGUUCUAAGAACAAUAAUUGUAUUGUUGAUUGCUUACACCAUUUCCUUCCUAUGUUGUUAGCUGAUCACUUGGUCUCAAAGAAGAUUAUUGUUGAUGAUUUCUAUGAACUUCCCUGAAGACAAAGCAGAGCCUGAAAGGUAGUAAGUAGUAUUUUAUUUGUUCUAUUCUCAAUUUUGUUCAAACUGAAGGAAGCUUGUUGAGCUUUUCCUUUCCAUUCCUUUUGAAUAAAUCUUCUUAGCUAUCUGUUAGAAAUC